AUGGGGGAGCUGAUGCGGCGGUACUGGAUUCCGGUCCGGCCCACGGCUCAACUGGUGAAAGAAGAGGUCAUGGCCGUCAGAAUCCUGGGUGAGGACCUGGUGCUGUUCCGGUUGGCUGACGGGCAGAUGGGGCUGGUCGGCGACAGGUGCCCGCACCGCAUGACGGAGCUGAGGUACGGCAUUCCCGACACGGGCGGGCUGCGGUGCUGCUACCACGGGUGGAUGUUCAACCCCGCUGGCCAGUGCAUCGAAACCCCGCUGGAAUCGGCCAACGACCCGUUCAAGGACCGCAUCCGCAUCAAGGGAUACCCGGUGCAGGAGAUGGGCGGGCUGGUCUGGGCGUACAUGGGGGCCGGAACCGACGCCCUUGCUGCCGCCGUGGGACCUUGCCACGAGAAUACGGGAGACCCGACGCACAGCGUGUACCUGCACGGAAACCUGUUCGAGUACGUGCUGCAGAAGCAGGGGAAGCUGGAGGAGCGGGCCGCCGACGGUCAGAUGCACACGCUGUAUGCGCGCAUGAAGACCGGAAAUGGCAUCGAGUCACUGUACGUGAACCCGACACGGUACGGGAUGGAAAAGGGGAUCAACUAUUCCAAGGAGCUGGGAGCGGACCGGGACCAUGUGUCGCGGCAUGCGACGGUCAUCUUCCCGUUUUACACGCAGACGGGCGGUCCGGGGAUGGUCAGGCAGGAGUUCCAGAUACGGGUGCCGGUGGACGACACCAACACCUACCACAUCAACUACGGUUGCUACAUGGGGCCGGAGGAAGUGCCGGUUACGGUGCAGGAAUCGAUACCGUACUACGACGUGCCGCUGUUCGACGAUGAUGGGAAGCCGUUACUGGACUUCGUUCUGGCGCAGGACGCCCACGCGUGGAUCUCGCAGGGGCCGAUCAUGGACCGGACGCAGGAGCACCUGGGGCGCACGGACAUGCCCAUCGUUUUUAUGAGGCGGCAGUUCGAGGAGCAGAUGCGAAUCGUGGAGGACGGCGGCGACCCAAUGAACGUGUUCCGCGACCCGGCUACGAUGCCGUCGCUGAUCCACGGCGGACACUGGGACGAAAGAGAGGAGGAAGGCAAGGCGGCGGUCACGGGCAAGGGCAGCGACCUGUCAUCAUUUCGGGGCGCAUACCACAAGGGCUACGCCAUUGACGACGCGGACCGUUAUGGGCCGGCGAUGCCUCAGGUGAUCGACCUGAUGCGGCGGAUCGACGAGGCGCAGGAGGAGGCGGCGCGGGCGUAG